GGCCACGAGACCCCGAUGACCACCCGUGAGCUUUUUCAAGAGUCAGUCCAACGAUUCGGCUCCUACCCGGCUCUCUCAUGGAAGGAUGACGAGAAAUGGGAAACUCUGAAUUUCUCCCAGGACUACCAAGGUUGCCGGAAGGCCGCCAGAGCCUUGAUCAAGCUGGGCCUGCAGCGGUUCCAUGGGAUUGGCAUCCUGGGAUUCAACUCGGUCGAGUGGUUCAUUGCAGCUCUUGGCGCCGUCUUGGCAGGGGGCCUCUGGGUUGGUAUUUAUGCCACCAAUUCUGCCGAUGCUUGUCAAUAUGUCAUCUCGCAUGCCAAGGUGAACAUUCUGCUGGUUGAAAACGAUCAACAGUUACAGAAAAUACUUUCGAUUCCACGAAGCAAGCUGGCGACCCUAAAAGCGAUCAUCCAGUACAAGCCUCCACUGAAGGAGAGAAGCAACAACCUGUACUCUUGGCAUGACUUCAUGGAACUUGGCAACAGCAUUCCUGACACCCAGUUGGACCAGAUCAUCAAGACCCAGAAAGCUAAUCAGUGUGCGGUCAUCAUCUACACCUCGGGGACCAUCGGCCUCCCCAAGGGCGUCAUGCUCAGUCACGACAACAUCACGUGGAUGGCUGGAGCAGUGGUGAGGGACCUGGAGCUGACGGCAACCCCCGAGCAUCAGGAGGUGGUGGUCAGCUACCUGCCCCUCAGCCAUAUUGCGGCGCAGAUGAUGGACAUGUGGGUACCCACAAAGAUCGGCGCUGUCAUUUACUUUGCUGAAUCAGACGCGCUCAAGGGCACACUGGUGCACAUCCUGAAGGAGAUAAAGCCCACCAUCUUCCUGGGGGUGCCCCGCAUCUGGGAGAAGAUGCAUGACACCAUCAAGGAAAACCUGGCCAAGGCCUCGAGCUUGAGGAAGAAGGCGUUUACGUGGGCAAAAGACACGGGCCUGAAGGUCAACACCAAACGGAUGCUGGGGAAACGCGACCUCCCGCUGGGCUACCACGUGGCCGAGGCGCUGGUGUACAGCAGGGUCCGCCGCUCCCUGGGCCUCGAGCACUGCACGCCGCUCACCGAGAGCACCUCCGAGUUCUUCCUGAGCCUGGACAUCCCCAUAGGCGAGAUCUACGGCCUGAGCGAGAGCUCGGGGCCCCACUCCAUCUCCACCCACAGCGACUACCGGAUCCUGAGCUGUGGCAAGAUCGUGAGUGGGUGUGAGAACACGCUGGUCCAGCAGAACAAGGACGGCACUGGGGAGGUCUGCAUGUGGGGCAGGCACAUCUUCAUGGGCUACCUGGACAGGGAGGACACGACUCUAGAGACCAUUGACGAGGACGGCUGGCUGCACUCCGGGGAUCUGGGCCGUAUGGACAACCAGGGGUUCCUGUUUAUCACCGGCCGCAUUAAAGAAAUCCUCAUCACUGCUGGUGGUGAAAACGUGGCCCCCGUUCACAUCAAGAACCUGGUGAGGGAGAAGAUCCCCAUCAUCAGUAAUGCCAUGCUGGUGGGCGACAGAGCCAAGUUUCUGAGCAUACUGCUGACGCUGAAGUGUGAGACGGAUCAGGUGAGCGGAGCACCCCUGAACAAGCUGAGCUUGGAGGCCAUCAACUUCUGCCGGAGCCUGGGCAGCCAGGCAGACACUGUGACCGAGAUCGUGAGGCAGCAAGACCCACUCAUCUACGAGGCCAUCCAGCAAGGCAUAGACGCUGUGAACCUGGAAGCCACCAGCGAGGCACAGCGGAUCCACAAGUGGGUCAUCUUGGAGAAGGACUUCUCCAUCCAAGGCGGAGAGCUUGGUCCAACAACAAAAAUGAAGAGGCCAUUCAUAGCCCAGAAAUACAAAACACAAAUCGAGAACUUCUACCAGUGA